AUACAGCUAUGAAUGAGUCAAACAUUUGAAUCGUUCAAACAUUUAAUAGAUUUAAUACAAUUGAACGCCAAUUGUUUGCAUUCAAAUCCCAUUCACUCUUCAAUCGACGCCAUUAUCACCUCUUUGGACACCAUUGACGACAUCGAGUGACUGAAUCGGGAGCCAAUCGGAGCCGUCUAGUGAUGGACGACGAGAGUCUAAGACAUAAUGUGAUAAUGAUUUUGUUGGACGUAUUGGUGACGAGUGAUCAGCCGUUGACCGUCAAAGAGUUGGUCAGCAAAUUGGGUCUCUAUAGCGACUACAGUGUCCUCAGCCGUGGCCUCAGACGCAUCACCGGUCGAGGCGUCGACGGACUACCAGGAAUUCUGGUCUUCUUAUGGCAAUAUCCGUCCCUUUUUAUGGUGAGAGACGGCAAAGUGUCCAUCACUUCGGCCCUCAAUCUAUACGACAGCGACAAACAAGUGUCGGAACAGACGAGAGUUGCCAUCGAUUUCUAUGAGUUUCAGUUGCGAAGACUCGGCGCUUAUUCGGUGCCAAUGAGUCGGGUCUUUGAGAUGAGAUCCCAGGCCUCCAAAUGGGUUAAACAGAUUAGCGGACAGUCGUUGAGCCAAUUGACUGACUUUAUUAAAUGCCAUUCCGAUGUCUUCACCAUCACUUCCGAUAACUGUGUAGUGCUUUGCGAGCAUUUGUCGAGAGCGGCCCUCAAUGGCCACACCAUCACUCGUAUCGACGCUCCCAUCGAAUUGGACGAUAAGGUGUACGAAAACACGCGUAUAAUUGUCAACACAUAUCACGGCAAACAAAUUGUUAACGAAAUCUUUAAGACAACAAAUGUGGUGACCGUUGACUUAGAGGGCGUUAAUUUGGGUUCAGUUCGAGGCUCCAUAACUCUGGUUCAGUUGGCGUAUCUGCCAUCGGAUGUGAUGAGUGAUCCCAAGUGCAAUGGUUUCACCACCGGUACAAACAACACAAGGAUAUACCCAAAGAUCUUCAUAUUCGACGUCUGGUCUAAUCCUAAUUUAGUGGACAUUUGUCUCAAACAACUCUUAGAAUCAAAUGAUAUUAAGAAAGUAUUUCACGGCUGCGAAGACGAUAGUUAUGCUCUUCACCGGGACUUUGGGGUCGUUUUAAAUAACUUCAUCGACACUCAAGCGGCGCAUACAGUCAUUAAUUGUGUGAAUAGUAAGGGUAGUGGUCAACAGUCGGAGGCGAUCGGUCUGAACGGCCUCUUCGAGCGCUACGGCGGCUACGGAUGUAAUCCAUUGAAAGCGGUGGUGAAGAAGCGUUACGUCGGGAACAGUCAUUACUGGUGUAAUCGUCCGCUGAGUGAGGAAAUGAUAUAUUACGCGGCAUAUGAUGUCUAUGUCUUAUUAGGGAUUUAUAUUAAAAUGUAUUCAUUUAUUAAACAAAUUAAUGGACAAAACGCUAAAUAUUUCGAAGAACUGAAUAGAAAGGCGGCGUUCAGUAGGAUUUGGUCGGAACAGGACAGGCAUUACGACCGACCAAAUCAUUAUCACUAUAACAGAGAUUCGACCACAACUUACGCCCGUAACCGUCGCGGACAGCAAUUCCAACACAAAAAACAAUACAGUAAUCGGAGUAAAACCUAUCGAUAGUUCUGCCAAAAUAACAAACACUC